AGUUAAAGUUUUUAAAAAUGAUAGAGAAUAUACUAUUUUUAUCAAAUCUUUAUUAUUCAAAAUCAUUAAUUGUCAUAUAUAUUUUAGCCACAUUAGGUAAUUUUGUAAUUUUUAUUUAAGGAAACAAUGAAGAACAUUUAUGAUUAAUUUAUGGUUAGUUUAAUAAAAAACUUAUUAUAUAUUUAUAUGGACCAAUAUAUUUUUCUAAGGAUUCUAAGAAUAGUUGUGGUGAUAACAUGUGGGUACAAAAAUAUGUUAUAAUGCUUCUCUUUUAAUAUAUAGGGGAUACUAUUAUUUAUUAAGUGAUUUUGCUGAUUUGUCGCAUUCGCCAUGAUUUUAGCUAAUUUUGUUUAUUUGUCGCAUUCUUAGUAGUUGUUAGAUUAAAUCAUCAAUUUAUUAAUUUAGAUAAUAUAAACAUUUCAAUUUCUAAUUAAUUUAUUAAUUUAAAUAAUAAAAUAUUUUGAAAUUUCUAAUUGGAAUUAUGGUUAUAAUUAUUUUAAACAAGUUAGGACCAAUUCUUAUUUUCACAUGAUGUAAGAUGUUUUAAACUCUAUAGUUUCAUUUUUUUCAUUCAUUCCAAGUUGUUUCGAUUAUAGUUUUUGACAUCUAUAUUUAUGUACUUUUGAUAUUUGUUUCUUAGUUGGAGUUCUAUGUUUUUUUUUUCGAGUUUGAAAUACUAGGAGAAAAUCGGUUUUGUUACAUGGAGUUUUGGAAUUAUGAAUUAGGUAUUCUGAAUUUUUUUCAAUAGUUAUUUCAUGUGUAUGUUUUAUUGUUGUUUAAGCUGUAAGAAAAAUAUGCUUUGAUAUUAAGUUUAGAGAGUUGCCUAUGUAUUCAUGUUAUGAGCAUGCGUUUUAUGGUUUAGUUUCUAAAACGGCUAAAAGUAGAUAUAUUUUUAAUGAAUAAUUAGAUUUAUCAUUAUGUUUUUUUUUGUCAUAAGCAUAAACAGACUCAUACAGACUAUGUGAACCAAACUGGGAGAUGUCGAUCCAUGUGAACGACGAAAGACGGCUGCUUCCUGACACUACGUACUAGGCUAUCUGCCUUUGUAUUUUGCAUUCUUUGCACAUGGACAAUCUCUGAUCGGGAAAAACUUUCUUUCAAGACUUUAACAUCAUCUAAAUAACUUGCAAAAGCUGGCCAUUCGUCUAGUUCAGAAACCAUCUUCACCAAUUGAGAAUAAUUCGUUGCAAAUGUAACAUGAAAUUGACGUAAGUUCCUCAUGCAUUCUAUUGUCCAAAGUAAUGCUUCCAUCUCCGCAUGUAGAGGAGAAAGACUAGUCCGAACAUUCCUUGCCCCCAUCAACCCCUCAAAACCUUCUAAAGUACUAAACCACCCAUGCCCGGAGAAACCGCUAUCCUCUUUCCAGGAACCAUCAGUGAAGCACCAUCUUCCUUGGAUUAACGGUAAUGCCGAAACCUCUGCAUGUGGCCCUGCCGAAAAGAUUUAUCAUUAUGUAAUUAACCAUAAAUCAACUUUAAUAAUAAAACUAUCAUUAUCUAUUGUUUCUUUAAUUAUUAAAAUUAAACUUAUGAAAUAUUAAGAUAAGUCAAUGUAUAUAUUGAUCCAUUAAACCAAUAAAAUAUUAUCAUUAUCUCAAUUUUGUUUUUUUAAGUUUUCUUCUAAAUUAUCAUUGAACUUUCGUUUUUAUUUAUUUUGUUCUUACUUGGAUUGUGUGUGUUUCAGUUUUUUUUUUCUUUUUGGUAAUUUUACAUGUUUCUGGUUCCAAAAUACAAAGUAGAUUAGGAGAGAUCAAAAGUUCACAUUCUUACUUUACUUUAUUGUGUGAAGUAUUUGAUAUGUAAUUAUGCUUUUACGGUCUCAUAGUUUUAUAGCUUUUUUUGUGUUAAGGAGACGUAGAUCGAAAUAAAAAUUGAAAAAACUAAAAUGAUUAAGAAUGUAAAGAAUAAGUUAUCGUGAUGUUUAAAUCAUAUUACAUAUAUUAAUAAUUAUUAGUAAAACGUUUAUGUCCGUGCGGGCAAAAUAUCUAAUUUAUAUUAAUAAAAGAGUUUAAAUGACAAUUCCACAUUUUUUAAUAUUUAAAUCAGCAUUGAUAUCAGUCCAAGGAAAACAAAAAGAACGUUCAUCAAAAGCAGCUGAGGGUAUAGUAAUUAAGACUGACCCAAACCGGUGGUUUGAAAAUUGUCUCAUCAUAUGCAAGAUUUAGCAUGAUGGUUACAGAAGGUGAGAUCGAGUCCAUAUGCAACAGAAAAAAUGUCGAUUCUACACUCUGUUUUGAGGUUUUAAAACAAAAUCCAAAGUUGUCGAUUCUACACUCUGAUCAACUAUACGUCUCGAAACGUUUCUGAUACGUUGAAGCAAUUAAAGUUGUAUGAAUCCAACACGACGGAUUGGCAGACGAUCAAAUUAUGCAAAGAGAUGUAUGAAAGAUCUCUUUAUCGUGAUGACGUUGCUCUAAAAGCUUUGGCAGCCAAGGAUUAUGACACCGUAAACAUUAAUGCCGGAGUUGCGCUCGGACAAUAUGAUUACGUGCAAUGGGGAAUUGUCAACAUUGAAGCCAGUACCACAAUACUUGAUCACAAAGAAUACUGUCAUAGAAAAUCUGUCAACAUUGUUUUAAGGGCUCUUGAAUGUUUCAUAAGAAAAGAAAGUAGAUUAUGAAGUCAUUAGCCUAAUUAAUGAUAUUUGUUUGGUCUUUUUAAUUUUUUUUUUAUCAUUCAUGUUUUUUUUCUUAGGGGGAGUUAGUGGGAGAGCAACUUUUAAAAACUUGAAGAAUUUAAAAAGAUUCUAUUGUUAUUGGUUUAGUGAUUCUUGAAGUCUUAAUCAAAUCUUUUGUUACUGAUGUGAUGAUUUUAUAAUUCUCAUUAAAUCCUUAGUUAUUGGUAUAAUGAUUUUGUAAUUCAUUGUAAAAACUUUUGUUAUUCAAAAAGUUGAGUAUUUUUAGAUUUCACAAUUCUAUUAUACUUUUGUGUUAUUGAAACAAUGAUUCUUUACAUUUUAACUCAUCAAUCACUACUUUCAAAAUACUAGAGUUAUAGAUGGUAUUCUCAAAAUUUGAAUGAUAAAAAUUAAAAAAAAUUGUCCAAUAAAAAAUACAGAUCUAUUAUACCAAUAAAAAGGCAUAAAUAUAUAAUAAAAAAUAGAUUGAAUGGUGGCAUUAUAGCACAUCUGACAUGUAUUUGAAAAAGUAAUACCGUAGAAAUUGAUAUAAAAUAACAAAAUCCAUAUUUUCAUAUAUAUAUGUAAUGUCUUUCUAAAAGUUAAUACCAUAAAAAUUAUAAAUAACAAACACCAGAUUUACAUAUAUAUAACAUGUCUUUCAAAGAUUGAAUACCAUGGAAAUUGAUAUAUUUAUAUAUAUUUAACGUUCAAUAUAUUUUCAACACAUCAUUCACAUAUUAUAUGAAAAUUUUCUAAAAGAAUAUUCUUAUAUAAUUAUUUUACAUAAACAACAACAAAAAUUAAUGUAAUUAUGAAUCCAUGACAAUCUAUGAAAGUUGUAUGGAUUCUAUAAAUAUGGAUGCACUUGUUUGUUAAAAUUCAUGAAAACUUUCCAAUUCUUCAAAACUCUAUAAACUUUUCAAAUCCAUAAACUCUUAUAAAUCAACCUCCCAAUAACAACACUUAUGCUUUAAUCAUUAUAUAUAUACAUAUAUAUAUAUAUAUAUUAAUGAGUUUAAGUGCAACUCCACAUUUUUAAAUAUUUAAAUCGGUAUAAAUAUCAAUCGAGGGAAAACAAAAAGAACGUUCUCACUUGGUUAUCCCCUAGACUAUAUUUGAGAAGUGAUUUGUAUAUUUGUUAUCACUACAUUAACUUUCACAAAAAAAUGAUGACGUGGCUUAAAAAAAUAUGACAUGACAUAAAUCUAAUUGUGAUAUGUAAAAUUUACUAUAUUUAGAUUUAUGUUUUUGGUAAGAUUUCUUAAAUAUAAUAAUGAUGAUUUUCUAUAUACGGAUUUAUAUUUUUGGAAAAGUUUCAUAAUACAGUAAUAACUAUUAAAUUUUAUAUCAAAAAUAUUUUUUCUAAGUAAAUAUUCAUUUUGGUAAGAUUUUCUGAUACCUAAUAACUUUUUUAUAUUUAUUAAAAUAAUAUGUUUUUAUAUAUAAAUAAUAAUUACGAAUAUUAAAAUUUUACAUCAAUAUAUGAAUCAUAUUUUUAUUAUUAAAAUAAGUGUAGUUUAAAAUAUAUUUUAUCAACGUAUAUAAGUUAAUAUGUUUUUAUAUAUAAAUAAUAAUUACGAAUAUUAAAAUAUUACAUCAAUAUAUGAAUCAUAUUUUUAUUAUUAAAAUAAGUAUAGUUUAAAAUAUAUUUUAUCAAUGUAUAUAAGUUAUAUUUAUUUAAUGUAUAUAUUAUUAGAAAUAAUUUAUAUAUUUACAAAUAGACAUAUUUAAAAAUGGUAAUUAAAUAAAGAAUAAUAUAAUAAAGUAACUUUAUAAAUUUCAAUUAUUUUAUCAAAAGUUAAGUAAUGCAAAGUUAAAGGGUCAAAGUAAACUUGAAUAAAUCAAACUAAAAACAAUUACAUUAUGGUUUUAUUUUUUAAACUAAUAAAAAAUAAAAUAUAAAAAUAGAAAAUUUUAUUUAUAUAUAACAUUUUUAAAUAUUUUAUAUCUGUGCAUGGCGCAGGAAAACUCUUAGUUAUUGUAAAAUUCUAAGGCAGCAGAGAAUCUCGAUGGCUUCAAAAACAAAAAUCAGUAUUAAUUCGACUCAUUUAAUUAUGACCCACCUAAACCGGUGGUUUGAACAUUGAAUCGGCAAAUUCUAAUUUCCCAAUUUGGACCGGAUCGUUUUUUAAGUACGCAAAAAAUAAUAAUAAUUUAACCACAAGUUUAUGAAGAAUUUUGGGUGGUACUUUCCAAUUUUGUGAGUGUUCCAAAGACACAACUUUCUAAAUUUGUGUUAUUUUUAUUUCCUUUACCAUUACUGUAAAUCUGCAAAUUUUCACAAGUUUCACAUAAUUUUGCUAUUUAAUUAUGGCACAUUAUCUAUUAGCACCUACGGCAACAAAGGAAAGAAAAUCAAAGAAAAUCUGUGAAUACCUUAUAUAAAUGCUCAUAAGUUGUCCAACUUUUUUUCGACCCAAACAAAAAAUUAGCCAGAAGAAGAAAAAUGGUUGCAUACAUCAAAAAUAAUUUUUUUUUGGUUUUUAUGAUUGUUUUACUUCUUGUUGUUUCAUCAUAUGCAAGACUUAGUAUGAUGGUUACAAAAGGUGAGAUCGAGUCCAUUUGCAAUAAAAAAGAUGUCGAUUCUACACUCUGUUUUGAGGUUCUAAAACCAAACCCUACAAUUGCAAAGUUGGAUUUUACUGGUCUCGCCAACUUUAUGAUCAAUUAUACGUCUCGAAACAUUUCGGAUGUAUUGAAGGAAAUAAAGUUGUAUGAAAGCAACACGACGGAUUUGCAGACAAUCAAACUAUGCGAAGAGUUGUAUGACCUUUCUCUUUUUUCGGAUGAUCAUGCUCUGAAAGCUUUGGCAGCCAAGAAUUACGACAGCGUAAACUUUAAAGUCGGAGGUACAUUGGAAAACAUCGUUACGUGCAAUGAGGAAUUGUCAACAAUGAAGCCGGUGCCACAAUCCUUGAUCGCAAAGAAUAAUGUUAUAAAAAAUCUAUCUGGUAUUGUUUUAACUAUUCUCGAAUGUUUCAUAAGAAAAGGUAGUAGAUUAUGUAGUCAUUAGCCUAACUAAUGAUAUUGUUUGGUGUUUGAAGUUUUUUUUCAUUCAAAUUGUUUUUCUUAGCUUGUUAUGCUUUAAUCUUUAUUUAUUUAUUUAUAUUAAUAAAAGAGUUUAAAUGACAAUUCCACAUUUCGAGGGAAAACAUCACUUGUUUUUUUGGGUUGAAAUGUGAACAUUAUUAAUCAACAAAAGAAAAAAAUACUUGCAAUAUAAAGCAUACAUCUGCUAAGGAGCAGAGCAGCACAAGAUAGUGAAAACUGUAAUUUAAAAAA